AUGGUGAAAGGCAGGGCGGAGCCGGCUGUGAUCUACUCUAGGGUGUCUUCCAAGGCCAACGAGCACAGCGCGAGUGUGACACGGCAGCAACAGGCGUGCAAGGAUGUGUGCAACCGCAUGCGAUGGGACGUCGUGGACAGCGUCGCGGAAGUCGUUAGCGGCUCGCUGCCGAAAAAUCAACGACAUGUCUUUUGCCAGCUCCUACGGACGUGCAAGAAGAAAGGGAUCAAGAACAUCGUUGUAGAGGGCUCUCGCACCGUAGCCCGCACUGCUAGCACAGCAGAAGAGUUCUACGAGAUGUGCACGGAGGCAGGGAUCAAAAUCACUGCAGCAGACCUUCCAAUGCUCUUCGAAGACAGCACAGGCAACCCCGCGCAGCGCUUCAUGAGGCACGUGCUGUUCGGCUACGUUCAGCUGGAGCGGGACAUGCUCGUACAUCGCCUGCAAGAUGGCUUGGCACGAAAGAAGCGAAAAGCUGUGGACGCUAGCAAGAAGGGCCAGCAUCUUCCAAGAUCACAGAAAGGCUCAGUCAAGGUGAAUGGAAGACGGUCCAUAUUAGAAGAGAAGCAGCUGAGCAAAAGCCAGAUUCGGAAAAAGCUGGGUGGCCUCUUUCAGCAGUACGGCAACGGCCUUCUCAGCGUACGGGACCUGGCGACAAAGAUUUCGGAGCGACUGGGAUGCAAGAAGACUAUCUCUCACGAGACAGCCCGUCGCAUGUACCAUGCAAAUGCGGAGUGA